UGUUAACUCUGAUUGGUUUAUCUUUAUAGUUUUUGAGUUAUUUCAACACACUGUCCUUUUACACCAUUCUCUGAGGUUGCAGAGAAUGAAAAUGUCGACGAAUUGGUGGGGUUCGCUGUGCCACUAGUGACUUUCGCCAACCGUUUUAUCCAUAUUUUCGACCAACAACUCAGUAAUAUAAAGAAUAAUCACCACAAUUUGGCUUUACAAAACAAAUUAAAUGUAAAAAUUUUCUAUAUCGUUAAGAAUCACAUGUAAUUCUGAUAUGUGUUGUGGUUAUUUUAUUUUCAUUACAAUAUUGAUAUAUCCGUAAUAAUGUUUGGUACCUUCUAGUGCUCUCCCGUGACUAAUAAAAUCUCCCAAUCACGGAAUUGUCAAAUUUAACGGGCCAUCAAAAUUUAUCAGUAAAUUUAUCAACAAAUAUUAAAACGAAUAUCUGUGUAUGUUUGCGUUUAGACAAGAGAGAGAAAAAACGUAAAAAAGAGAACAAGUGAAAACGACAACGAGUGAAAAGAAAAGAGAAUCUACGGGUGUGUUUUACUGUUUAGACUAAAUUACAAGAUAAAUAAUGGCGAUGCUCGGUGGUGUGCUCGGCAAGAGCGAAUUUAUUGUUGGUGGGAAGUAUAGACUUAUGAGAAAAAUUGGAUCUGGUUCAUUUGGUGAUAUUUAUCUUGGCAUCAACAUUUCAAAUGGCGAGGAAGUCGCUGUCAAACUAGAAAAUGUACGAGCACGUCAUCCCCAAUUACUUUACGAAUCAAAAUUAUACAAAAUAUUACACGGAGGCAUCGGAAUUCCACACAUUCGCUGGUAUGGACAAGAACGUGAUUGGAAUGUUUUGGUAAUGGACUUACUGGGUCCUUCGCUCGAGGAUCUUUUCACAUUUUGUUCGCGAAGGUUCACAAUUAAAACGGUGCUUAUGUUGGCUGACCAAAUGAUUGGUAGAAUUGAGUUUGUCCAUUGUAAACACUUUAUUCACAGAGAUAUCAAGCCAGACAAUUUUUUAAUGGGCAUUGGCCGUCAUUGCAAUAAAUUAUUCAUUAUUGACUUCGGGUUAGCGAAAAAAUAUCGAGACACUCGCACGAGGUGUCAUAUAUUAUAUCGAGAAGAUAAAAAUUUAACAGGUACUGCGAGGUACGCAUCAAUAAACGCGCAUGUUGGUAUUGAGCAAAGUCGUCGUGAUGACAUGGAGUCACUGGGAUACGUCCUCAUGUAUUUCAAUAGAGGAUCACUUCCUUGGCAAGGGUUGAAAGCAGCAACAAAAAAACAGAAGUACGAGAAAAUUAGUGAGAAAAAGAUGUCGACUCCUGUUGAAGUUUUGUGCAAAGGCUUCCCAGCGGAAUUUGCAAUGUAUAUAAAUUACACCAAGGGUCUGCGAUUUGACGAGAGCCCUGACUACAUGUAUCUACGGCAGCUCUUUAGAAUUCUCUUCCGUACUUUAAAUCAUCAGUACGAUUACACUUUUGAUUGGACCAUGCUGAAACAGAAAGCAGGAAUCGCCCUCCCUGGAGCAGUAUCUGGAGUCACCGGUACAGCUGUUCCUGGACCACAAGGCCAAGGUCAGCAGACAACUGCUAUAGCCAACGCACAGACAAGCACUCAGAGAAAUCCAGAGACGUUCGAUCUACUCUAGAUUAUGCGUUUUUUAUUUUUUUUCUUUUCUUCGCUUUCUAUUCUCUGGUAUCUUUUCUUCUAUCGAGCCAUUUUGGUUUACAAUAUCGUUAAAAGUCUGCAGGACCAUUCAUUUUUGUUAUCACAUCUAAAUUCCUUGACUUUUUUUAUUUAUUUAUUUUUUUUGAAACUAAUCAGAAGUAAUUUUUCUCCUUCAGUUGAGUCAAUGGUCCAGCGAGAUAGUAUAUAUAUAGUAUUAAAAAAAAAUUUUUUUUAAUUAACCCCUCAUUCAAAAGAGUAGUAAUGAUUACGAAAUUAUGCUGCACUUAAAAACUUAUCGGAUAGAUUAGCGGUCAUGUGAAAUAAUUAUUUGAAAAUUUAUGGAUCAAGGUCGAAGAUUAUUUUAAUUUAAACUUUCCUGAUUUAAUUACUAACUGUCGAAAAUGACAAAAAAAAACAGCGCGUCACGCCACGAUAAUUUUACUAAAACAAGCUGUUGAUUUUUUUUAUUGAAAAAGGCUGAAUAAAAAAAAUAAAGAAGAUCGAUCCAGCAAUAAAGUGUUUUCUUGAAUAAAAAACAAUCACAGCCAUUAAUUUUUCGUGUUAUUGUUCAACCGGUUAUUGGUAUUUAUUUUAAUUAAAAUAGUAAAUCAUCGAGUGGAAAUUAUGAAUUUUCUGGCUCUUUCUAAACCGAUUCUUACGUUGCCCCAACUCGUAGCCGCACUGAGAGAAAAAAAUUAAAUUCAAGUAAUUUUUUUUCUUUUUAUAAAUACUCAAAAUAAGUCAUUUUUUUGGAAAUUAAAUUGAUAGUUUUUAUUUUAAAAACUUGCCGCGCUUUAGUAAUAAAUUUAAAUUUAUAGAAAAAUCAAUUACUUGAGGCAAGCAAAUAUUUACUUAAGUUGAUACACUGAAAGAAAAAAAAAACGGAAAUCUUGUAUUUUCUUACAAGUAAUUAUGCUAUUGGAAAUUUUCAAUCUGAUAUAUUUUUAGUGCAAAAAUUUUAUUUCAAAAUCAUUUUCUUAAUCGAAGAAAUCUGAGCUCAGCUCGAGAUCUGCUGAUUUUAUUUUUUUGGAGUACUGUAAAUAAAUUUCGAUUUUUUUGUCAAGAAAAUUCUUCAAUUCAAAUAUGAAAAAAUAUUUUUUGAGUGUACGGUCUCAAAUUUAUUAGAAUUAAAAACAAAGCAAUUAUUUGGUCAAAUAAAAUGAAAAUAAAUUGAAGAAAGAUAAUUAAAAAUUAGAAAAAAAAUUCUUGCAUCAAGAAAAAAAUUUUUUUGUAACAAAAUGAAAUUUUUCAUUGAUAUUGAUAGAGAAACGUAAUUCCCGAUUAGCUGACGUGGCUGGGCGUGCGUAGGUCGUAAGUCUCGCAUGAUCGGUCUGGGUUCGAAUCUUAGGGAGCGUUAAAUUAUUUACUAAAAAAAAAAAUGAAGUACAAAACUAAUCUGAACAUGAGAUAAAAAAAAAACGUCUACGAAUAUUUUUUUGAUAAAAUAAAAUUUUUUUUUCUUAGAAUUGAGUAAAUAAAAUACUUGAAUAAAAUAAUUAUUUAAAUUAAUUGAAUAAAAUAAUUACUUGGCACUAAGUAACUAGAAUACUUAUUUUUUUCUCUCAGUGCGGCAAAUAAAACUCUAUAUUCUAUUUAAAAAAAAAAAAAAAAAAAAAAAAAACUUAAUUAUAAAAAAUGAAGUAAAUUCUUUUCUGUCUCUCUUUUACAAAUACAAUUUAGUCUUUACCCCCUACUCUGGAUUAAUUAUUUUACGCUGGCAGUCAUUGUAAAAAUUUUAAGAUAUCUUAUAAUUUAAUUGAUUUUUUUAAUUACUCUAUUGGCAGGUAUAUGACUCAGCCAUAAGCGAUCCUAUCAAAAAUAAAACUCUAUCCAAUUAAAGUCAGCCGCAUCAUACUUACCUAGAAAAUUCCCGCUCCAAUAAAAUAUCUACCAUCUCAAAAUCUCUACCAAUGAAAAAAUCUACCAUGAUAUAAUCACUACCAGAAAAAAAUACUACCAAGUUGCAUUUAUGAAUAAACUCUACCGUUUGAAAUCCCUACCAUCAACUUUAGAAUGUAUAUUUUACAGACAAUAAAUUUAUUUUUAAUUAAUUGGGAAUCAUUUGGGAAUAUUUAGGAAUAUAAUUUUAUUAUUCAGCACUAAUUAAUUAAUGGGUAAUUAUUUAAUAUUGUUUGAGCGUUUAGUGCGCAUGUUAGAAAAUAUAACUAACACGACUUUUUCGUUAGCUAAUAGUAAACUAUUUGGGAAGAAAGUUAUGCAUUGUUUUAGUUUUAAAAUCCCAAAUGCUAAUUACUCAUUAACUAAUUAGUCCUAAAUAAUAGAGUCAUAUUCCUAAAUCUUCCCAAAUAAUUCCCAAGUAAUUAAAAAUAAAUUUAUUGUCUGCAAAAUAUACAUUUUAAAGUUGAUGGUAGGGAUUUCAAACGGUAGAGUUUAUUCAUAAAUGCAACUUGGUAGUGUUUUUUUCUGGUAGUGAUUAUAUCAUGGUAGAUUUUUUCAUUGGUAGAGAUUUUGAGAUGGUAGAUAUUUUAUCGGAGCGGGAAUUUUCUUGGUAGGUAUGAUGCGGCUGACCUAAAUUAGGUAGAGUUUUAUUUUUCGUAGGGUCACUUAUGGCUGAGUCGUAUACCUGCCACUCUAUUUACUGUGUUAUUAUUAUAGAUAUGACUUAUAUUUAAUAUCAUAAAUAAUUAUAAGUAUUUUAGGAUUUGCUCAAUGACUGAAUCCAGCUAAAAAUUCUGGUGUUUUAAACUGAACGUAUUCUGAUUGAUCAUUACAUUAGUAAUAAUCCUUUGUGAUUGGGACAUCUCUUCGAAUUUGUUACAGGAGCGCCUUAAAACACUAACUCCGUGAUAGCACCAAACCCGAAAGCGAUCAAUGUGGUAUCUCAAUCAUGAUACAUAAC